AUGAAACUUGUUCAGUGGCUCCAGGCAGCAAAGCGUCGUCACCGCUCGGAGUCGGUCUUUUCUGCCGGCAACAGCGCCGAACCCGAAGGACGGAUGCAGCACACAUUCGGCCACGAAAGGUCACCCCAGCAGAGCCGAGGAUAUCUCGGACAAGAAACACCCUCCGCGGGCAAUACGGCGUCGUCGAGGGUUGCUCGGGCGUUUAACGUGCGAGAGGAAGUCAUCGAUUCCUCUAUGUGGCAUAUCUUCUCUUCGAUUUUCGAGACCGCACUCGGCGUAUGGUUGGGGAGUGGCUGCUGUCCGUACCCGGGGCUCCCAGACGGCUCGAGAACGAUCAUCUCAAGGCUCUUUCUGGGCUUGGAUGAAUGGAAAUGCUCCUGUCGGCAGCACGACGGCCACUCCGAUACCAGGCAAACCGUUUCAGGAAGCGUCUGCGUCAAAGCCGACAGCGUGGUCAACCAGGCCCUAAACGCAGCCGUGCAUGCGUUCAGCGUCCGGUGGCUGCCCCUCGUCGCUGGCACAAGUAUUCCGGCUGAGAAACUGAACGAGCUGGCGCGGAAACUGUGGUACAACGCGCGGUCCAAGAUCUUGUUGAUCUUACAGAAGCGGUGCUACCGGUCUAUAUUGGCCCUGUACAUCUUCGGAAUGACUCCACUACCUCCGGGUCUCGAGGAACAUGAGGUCUCUCACGGAAAUAUCGGUGAAGUCUGCAUCGACGUCGCCAUGCGGCAAUUGCAGAGUGUCCGGGCCAAGAGGAACGUCAGCCGCUUCUCUUCAGCGGCCAUUGCCACCAGCUCCACCUCGGCCUCAGCGACCUUCGACACCGCAUCCCAGUCCACUGACGAGGGCUACGCGCUGCGGGAGACCAUAGCAUACUGGGCGGGCUUUGAAAGGACAGUGCAGCUUUUAAAGAAGACCGCACAGGAUUUCCACGACAAGACGGAGGACUGGAGAGCCAAUGGCUUCGAGGUGAUCAAUCAGAGCGCAAUUUGGAUAGUUCAAUCCGCCAGCGGCUGCAAAGGUGUAUUCUGGAAAGCGGUGGCCUCGUUGCGAGAAGCUUUGAACUACGGCCAUGAGCCGCAUGUGAUCGCCCGUGCACAGACAGCCGUUCUGCAGUGCAUGCUGAGGUAUGACGUGACUUAUGCUCCGCUGCUUGCCGCUUGUAAAAGGGCUUUGCUCUUUCUCGACUUCGAGGCCCAACUCAAUUGGUACCUUCUCGCGCUUCAUUACCACUUAGGACUCUUAAUGCUCUAUGACAUCCUGGAUACCUUUGACAGGAGAGACUUGGUGACGAAUCCGGACAACUCUCAAUGGGCAGCAGUGCAAGAGACAGUCAACAUCAUCUUACUUGGGACCCAAUGCAAAGUCUCACUUCAAGCCGUGUUUGGCUCAAUCUCAACGCCUCGUCGUGACGACAUGGUGUCACUGCUCAGCGUUGAUCCUUAUCCCCACCAUGUGGCCACUGCUUUGAGCCUCGUGUCCGAUUUUCUGACCAAGGUGACUAGAAAACCCUACACGAGCUCCAGAGCACUCGCACAAAUACGAAAGCUUGCGACGACGGCGUUUGACCAGCUCCCACAAUGCUCAGCCUCGCUCCAAGCCUCCAGAGCUAGCGUGACUGCGAAAUUGGAGGAAGCCCAGCAAUUCCGAAACUGUCAGAUUGCCGAUAAUCGCAGGAGGCCAGCAAGCACAAGCCGACAACAGCACGAGCAACUCGAGAGUGAUGUGGUCCGUGAGUCGUGGGAAGAGGAUGUUGAGGCCCUCGACAGCCUUGAAAUUGGAACCCUGCACCACACAGCCGGCAACUUUGCCAGCAAUGCAGCGUCUGAGCGGACGACAUCAGGAUUCCUUGAUCAAUGGGACUGGACAUCGAGUGAGGGCAGUCCCCUGAGUUUCGAAAUUCCUGAGGAUGACAUGUUCUUGGCCGACCACGGUCUGUUCGAAAGGGAGUCUGCGUCGGGACUUCUCUCACCGGCCACAUUUCUGCUCGUGGAGGUGGUCGACUGGCUUUUGGAGGUGACGGAAGAGGACUUCUGUGAUGAAGAUGCGGAAGUCGUCUGGAAGAGGCUGAUUCCCGUGUUGGGCGCGGCGUUCAUGGAAAGCACCGAUUUGCGGGCGAAGAAAGCGGAUGCCAUGGCGUGCGGCAAGUCCUGGAUUGUUCAGGUGAUGUCAAUGCUCAAAAGCGUGGGAUAUUGA